CCAAACCUGGGCCGGGACAACGCGCAUGGCCCGUCUCCUGUCGCCACCCGGCUGGGCGCUCUCAGUGUGCCUGGUGGCGGCGACGACCCUGGUGGCUCCUUCACUGCAGUCACAGAUCAUCAUUAUCCGGCGCACCGAGGAGGCGGCCGACGACGGCUGGAUCAACGGUGUCCAGCGAGGACGGCAUCUGCCACCGCCGCCGCUGCCUAGGCCGCCGCCGUCGUGGUCGCCAGCCGGUUGGAACAACCACGGCUUCGUGGCGGCCCGCCGGGUGCACCAGCCUUGGCACGUGGGGCCCACGUUGGUGGGCGCGGGCGGCGGCAUCCCCGGAGGAGGAGGCUGGAAGCCGCUGUGGAUCCCGCUGGACGGCAGGCAUGGCUGGAGGCCUCAGUGGCCUCCGAAGGUGCCGUCGUCUACACCGACUCCAUCUUCGCCUACGCCCUCACCGCCACCACCUCCCCCGCCACCGCCGCCACCGGAAGAACCCAAGCCCACGGCAGAGUCCAACCAACAGGAACCGCCAGCCAAGCAGGUCGUGUCCACUGAGAGCCCCAAGGCCUCUCCUGGUGAUACCGGAAAAGUCAAGGAACCAUAGUCAACAACUGUAUGCGGGAGAAGGCGGGUCGUCCCGGUGCUGCGAGGCGGCUGAGCGCCAUAUCAAAUUGCGUUUAUCUCAUAUUCUUCCCGACGAUUGCGCUGACGUAGCACUUCCGUUAACCGCGCGGAUGUUGCACUUUCCUGCUACUGCGCUACAUGUGUUCAAGACGACGCUUGCAGUGACACGUCUCUCACGUCUUUUUCACGCGCGCAUGACCCGCUCUAUCGAGAGUCCCCGACCCAGCAGAGAGGUAUGGCAGAUCGAGAGUCUGUUGAUCAGUUUGGUCUUUGGUACUUACUGUAGGUGUACACAGGCGAAUGUUUCUCAGACGUGGUUCCGCGCAUGCGCCGUGACUCUGACCACGUAGUGUGUGACUGCGUUUCAAUUUUCGCGGUCCGCUGCGACUCCUUGCUGUUUAGACAGACCCGAUCAGUCAGUUCACCGUAUACCAACAAUCAUGGUCACAUGCUAACACUGAACCAUUUUUUCUAUGACCCGGCUAGUCAGUCCUCAACUGUCACUUCUGCUCGACUCACGUGUAUUUCCUCCUGAGAAAGUUGCUCGCAGUUCUCUUACGCACGAGCUCUCCUUUUGGUUGCGCUGUGCGUUUGGCGCGUAAGAGCUUAUGUUUACAACUCUUGUACUUUGGGACCACAGCUUGCUUCUGCCGUUCUUUUUGUUAGCGAAUAUGAUUUCGUACUACAGAAAAAAAAGCAGUGAAUGUAUAGACGAUUACACUUUUAUAAGCUUGUUCUUAAAACGCAGGCGAGAAAAUAUCAGUAGGUGACUUGUGUUAUUCUUACGAGCUUCGAUACAUGCUAGUCUUGGCGAAUUCCUUAAAUGUAUGUUUUUUCGUUAUUGUUCAAAGUAACUUCCUGCAGUGUAGCUGCCGUCUAUUUUGGGAUGAGCUCAGGGGGUGAAAAUGUUCCAAUUUGGUUUGAAUUAUCUACGUAAUGCUUCAUAUCCUUAAUGUUGCUUUCACCGUUCCAAAAUGAUAGCAGCACAAAAUCUUUUACGUCCCGCCCAGACGCCGCUUAGUGUGGAGCGACGAAAUAUCUCUUACGUGACAUCUCAGAUCCGUGCUCAAAAUUUUCGCCAGUGGUGUUUACUUGCUAGCUGACUUAACUGUCAUCGCUGUGCAUUAGGAGGCAAUUCUCUUCAGGCCUAAUUCCAAUUUUCUUAUUCAAAUAUAUGUUAAAUGCGGUGACUUUCUCUACAGGCAACCAUAAAUUUGAGACUUGAAAUUAAAUUUGCAGUAUUUAAAAGAAAAAGUCGAAUUCCAAUGGCUGAGGGAAGCCAUGUCUCGUGGUGGUCAUCUAUACGUCUCAGAGAACAUCAGAAAGUUUCAAUCCUUCUUUAAGUAACAGCCUUACAAUUAUGCAAAUGCACAACAAAAACGUUUUUGAAAACAUUGCCCAUGUGCGUCUAAAGAAAGAGGACCAAAAAUUAAUUUGUAUUUGUCGCCAGUUCUAGAGCUCACCUCUAUAAUUAAAAAAACAUAAAGUGAGUAAUCUUGCAGAACUCACGUAGCCGAGGUAUCUACUUCGUGCUAAUGGAGAUUUAACAUGUCCGAUUUGCUCACUUUAAUCGAGCACUGUCAAGUGCUACGAGCUCAGCUGACCAGUCACACGUCUUGCUGUAACGCACCAACCACGACGGCCUACUAGGUGGACAAACAUCUCCACGAAAUUGCCACAGAGCUUUCGUGAAGUUCCGAGCUAAAGAGCUGUUUUGAAACUCUAUAAACUUACUAAACCAUUCUUGUUUCUAAAGCUAAUGGUAUGCGUGGAGAAGCACCGACAAAGACUAUUUCAAGUGUAUUUACAAGAACAGGCCUGCAAGUGACCAAAGUGGAAAGUAAACCGCCUCAAGAGCCCAGAGGUACCUCGUCGUUUUCAUUGCGCAGCCACUGUCUUUAGCUUCUGUUGUAUCGCAACAACAAUUUUAUAAGAUUAACUUACCGUGAGACACGUACGUAUGUGGCAGAAAGUUAGGUGAGCCAGCAUACAGUCUGUCACACUCGCUGCUUAACGUUAUUCUUGCAGUCAACCGUCACUAAAAAUUUAUUGAAAAGCA